AUGUGGAGUGGGCUGCUACCUCCUGGCCUAAAUUAAAGUGAUGUUGAGUUGAAUUCUGAUGAUGAAGCCACAGUAGAGAGCUCUGAACUUAACUUACAAGAAGGUAAAGAAGAUGGGACCAUUACGAACACAGAGGUCUCAGAUAUCCCUACAGAUGGACCAAAAACUGAAGCAGAGACAAAUGUAAAUGCAUAUGAAGAGUGUCCCUCUGGAAUUCCCUUAAAUAUGUGGAAUAAAUUUCAAGAACUGCAUACAAAACAUUCUGAACAGAAAACCUCAGCUUCAAGAUCCAGAAAGAAAAAAAGAAAACGCUCCAGAAAAGGUAAAUUGAAGAAUGAAGAAGAAUCUCAAAGUGAACAGUCCUCAAGUGAAACCCAGUGGAAGGAGCUUACUCAGUAUUUUGGAGUCAACGAUAGGUUUGACUCCCCUGUUAAAAGGAAAAAAAUUGCAAAGUCGGGCCUUGAAAAGAGCAUAGACCAGGCUGUGGAAGAGUGGAACAUUGAGAAGGCUGAGGAACUCAGCAAUCAGGUAGCUACUCGAGAGCUUGGUGCAAAAAUUGCCAAAGUGAUUGCCUGCCACAACUUUGUAAAAGCCAAAAAGGAUGCUGAAAAUUCACAGGUUGCUCAAAAAAAGAAGAAACUUGCCUGGGGGUUUGAAGCAAAGAAGAGGUGAGAAACCAAAAGCAACAUGGGAUAUAUGUGACUUGCCAGA